UGGUCAAGCUGUAAAACAAUAUUGUAAAAUUAACACUCUGGGUGAGUGAUUUCGAUUCUAUGUACGUAUAUAUCUGUAUCUAUAUGUAGAGAGAGAGAGAGAAGAGAGAGAGAGAGAGAGACGAGGGAAUGGUGGUGGGGUUUGGUGGAUUUAGAAUCAGAUCUAUAGACCAGUGAAAAUUCGGAAGAUACCGUCGGAAAUUCUAAAGAAGGAACGGAAUAUCCCUUUCGAUACUUGCCGCACCGCCAUUUUUUGCACUCUCUUAGUUCUCAACGGAGGAGAAAACAAUUACAUUUACACACACACACACACACACACACUGUAUACCUAUAUUUGUAUCGUUGUACGCAUAUAGACAGACAUUCCCCCAAAUUUAUUAUUAUUUAUUGUAGCAUUCGUCUUUUUUCUCGACAGUGAGUAUUUAUUUUUUUCUUUUUUCCAUUACGAUUUCUGUGUGUGUGUGUGUGUGUGUUAUGUGAAUUGUGUACGGGGAAAAAAGGAUGAUGGAAUUGAGAGAAGAAAGUUGCUAUCCGGGGGCGGUGGUGGGGGUGAACGUGGCUUUGGCUUGUGUAGAUGCCGUGAUUGCAUUUAUUGCUUUUUAUCAGUUGAUUAGGAUUCACUCGAUGAAUUCGCUGCUUGGCUGGACCCGACAAAAGGUCUUUCAUCUAAUGAUCGGAUCUUCUAAUCUCGGUUAUUUCAUUUAUUUUGUGUCAACUCUCGUUGCUGCUUGUAAGGGUUGGACUUGCUGGUCACAUUCAUGUGGUUUCAUUGUCAUGGCUUUCCCCAAAAUUCUGUUUGUCGCAGCAUUUCUUCUAAUCCUAUCAUUUUGGGUUGACCUUUGCCACCACCCAAGCGACGAUGAAGAAGAUGAAGGAUGCAGCCCCAGAGAAGCCCUGCUGGAAAAGACGAAUACAAGCGAUUCUAACACAAAUAGUCGCCGGAAGUUUUUCUCCCUUAGGUCGGUUCAUAUAGGAAGCCGUCAAAAAGUUGUGAUUCUGGUUGCGGUCUUAGUUUUCACAAUAAUGAUAGCAGCUUCCGUGUUGAUAUGGAUUGGAAUGGGAAAGAAUCCAAUUGACUCAGCAGUUGUUGCUAAGGUAUAUGUAGAUAUGAUGUCAGUUGCAGUUCUUUUGCUCGGAGGAGCCUUGGCAUGCUACGGGCUUAUGUUAUUUUUGAAAAUGAGAAAAGUGAGAUCCGAGCAGGCUUCAACAGAAAUAUGGAAGGUUGCUGGCCUCGCCAUUGUGUCUGUCAUAUGUUUUACGUUAAGUGCUGCUAUCGCUGUAGCAACAAAUAUACCCCUGUUUUAUCACUGGCACGAACAACAGAUUGAUGGUCAUGGUGCCUAUACAUCACUUCUAUUGGUUCUGUAUUACUUCAUAGGUUCAUCAGUGCCUUCAGCCUUCGUCUUAUUGGUUAUGAGAGAACUACCGCCUCCACUUGUGAUAAGUAGACAACGAAGAACGAUAGCCUGGACCAACGAAACAAGUUCACGGAACCAGGUUUCGAGAGCAAACCCCGUCUGAAAUGCACAUUAUACGUACCAGUAAAAAAUUCAUUGUUGCGAGAAUUACGAAAUAACGCUACACAUAUAUAGGUGGUUGAUUAAUCCGAUCCGGCGAAGAUGAAAAGAAGCUCAGUUGACUAGGUCAAAAAAGUCAACGGAACGGAGUUGAAGCACAUAACUGCCGGUGCCCUUAAUUUCGACGCUUUAGCUCUCUUGUACAUAACAAAAAUAUUUAUUCAUUGAAGUUUAAUUUCAACUAAAAUUAUAUCAUCUUGAAAACACACCAUGUAAUGAAUACUUAGCAAUUAUUGGUUUAGCUUUAGUUUGGUGAGACUAUUGAGUGCAGAAAUGAAUGUUUGAUUAGAUAAUCAA